AUGAGCGACAUCCUGCCCACUCCCUCCAGAAUGAACCUGCAGCUUCUGAAACAGAAAAAACAAACGGCAAGCAAUGGUUAUUCACUGCUUAAGAAGAAGAGUGACGCCUUAUCUAUGCGUUUUAGAAAGUUUUUGGGGGAAACAUUGAAGGUUAAGGAGCGGAUUGGUUCCUUAAUCUCAGACGCCUCUUUUUCAGUGUCAAAAGCUGUUUGGGCCGUGGGAGAUUUUGAAAAUUUGCUACUAGAGUCAAUAAGCCGUACAUCCAUUACGUUGGAUAUUAUGCAAGAAAAUAUUGCGGGCGUUAGAAUUCCGAAGUUUGUCAUGCAUGUGGAUCAUUCAGCAGAUAUUAUCUCCAAUUUGGACUUGGCAACUGGUGGACAAGUUAUCGAAUCUGCAAAGAACUCCAACCUUAUGGUCAUCCAAACGCUCGUCGAGUUAGCCUCUAUGCAAAUAGAAUUCUCUAUACUAGACGAACAGAUUCGCAUAACUAACCAACGCGUUAACGCUCUAGACAAUGUUGUGCUGCCCCGAAUUGACUCUAGCAUUGAAUACAUAAAGAGGCAACUUGAGGAAAUUGAAAGGGAGGAAUUCUUCAGGCUGAAGAUGGUGAAGGAGAAGAAGCAGGAGGAAUUGAACAAUGAGAAACAUACGGCAUUACAGACCGCCUCAAUCGUACAAAGCAUAGGCACUCAGCUGGAGUGGGAGGAUGAAGACGUUGUCAUUUAG